AUGAAACCAAAGACCGGUGAUAAGAAGGACACAAAAAACGAAAAAGCAGCAGCAAAAGACAUAGGUGAAACUCAAGCUCAAAAGAAAUCAAGCAGGCCAAAAUCAAAUAGCUUUGUUAUAUACAUUCACCGUCUUUUAAAGCAGGUUCAUCCAGAUCUCAGUAUCUCUAAAAAAUCAAUGAAUAUUAUGAGUUCCUUUGUCAAUGACUUGUUUGAGAGACUAUCAACCGAAUCCGCUAAUGUUUCGAAAUACAGCGGUAAAAAGACUCUGACAAGUAAGGAAGUUCUCACUAGCAUCAAACUCCUAUUUCCAGGAGAGAUAGGAGUUCACGCAAUGACGGAAGCGGAAAAAGCAAUCAAUAAAUACUCAAGUAGUGAAUAA